AUGAAUUUAAACGAAAAUGCAUUACUUUAACUUGGUACUAGAAUAGCUGUACCUAGGAGAGCUACUGUGUUUAAUUAUACUAAAAAAGGCUUGAAUUUAAGACCUGAUAGUCCUAAAACUAGAGAGGCAUGUUUAGCUUUAGGUUAUGAUCCUUCUAUCUUUAAACUUAAGUAUUUUACAAUUGAAUUUAGAAAAUUGGAUGAAUUUGGUGGACCUACAGUUCCUGAAUCUGUUUAAAAAAUGAGAUAUGAUCAUUAUGUAAGAAAAAUGGAAAGUAUAUUCUCCAUCUUAAUUGAAAAGUUACAUUCAAGGAGAUCUCCAAAAAGAGAAAGUAAAUUAUUAAGAAGAACAAAGGAUUACAAAAUAUUUAAUUAGAAAAAUCAUUUCAUAGAGAUGAAGGGUAUCUCCUAAUACUCAUUUACAUUUUAUUAGUUUAGUCAAUGAUUUAAUAGAAGCUUACAAUAAAAAGAUAGUAAACCUUAAAAUUGAAGAACAAGAUGAUGAUAAUUCCUAUGAAUCUUUUGAUGAAGAAGAUCCUGUUCUAGUCUUAGAGGAAUAAUUAGAAAAAGAAAUUAAAAAAUAUAAAAGAGCUCUUGGGGUUAAAGCUAAAGAAAUUCAUCAUUAGUUAGAAAAUGAAAAGAGAAGACAUUUAUUGUAAUAAGAAAUGGAAGAAAGAGAAAAAAAAAUUGCUGAAUUAAAUGAAAAAAUAAAAAAGGAAAAAUUAUUGAAAAAAAAAAAAAAAAUUGAAGCAGCUUAAAAGAAAUUUAAUGAAAUUAAAAAUAAAGAAAAAUAAUUUAAUCUUAAAUAAAUUGAUGAAAGAAAGAGAUAAUUAGAAAGAUUUGAAGAAUUAGGAAGAAAAUUAAAACUUGAUGAACAAAUUAAAAAAAAAGAAAUUGAAGAACAUGAAAAAACAUUAAGAUAAAAGUUUGAAACUGUAAGAGCAAAUAAAAAAAAAUUUGAUAAAUUUAUGGAUGAUAAAAUGACUCUUACUUUAUCUAAUUUAUAAGUUAAAUGUAAUUUUUAUUAACUUAACUAAUAGAAAAUGAAUGUAAUACAAAUAAAGAGAAAUUUACUUGGGAAAGUAAAUUAGAAAAAUUAACUAUGCGAAGUUCACAUUAUGAUGAUAAAUUAAGAAAAAUAAAAUUAUAAACAGAACAGAGAGAAGCAGAAACCAUUCAAAAAGUUUUAGAAAAAAUGCAUAAUAAAGAAUAAGAUUUAUAGAGUAUAAUUUUUUAUUAAAAAAAACUUAGUGCUGGAAAAGUAAAAGUAAAUGAAUGAACAAGCCAAAAUAAAAGAAGAACUUUCAAAGCGAAAAAAAGCUUAAGAUUGUUUAAAAAGAAUUUAAUCCUUAUAAUUGCAAAGAGUUUCAGAUCUAGAGAAAAAAUUUAUGGAUCAAGAUGAAUUAAGUAGUAGAAGAAAAGAUGAAUAAGAUAUUUAAAAAAGUCUAAAAAAAGAAAAAAUGAAAAUUAAAUAAUAAGAUUUAAUUGAAAAUUAUUAGAGAUAAGAAAGACUUAAGGAUCUGAGAUUCAAAUAAGUGAUAAAAAAUAAUUAAUAAUUAAAUGAGCAAAAAGCAUUAGAGAAACUCUCUAUGGAGUUGGUAAGAAAAGCUCAAUAAGAAUUGUAAAGAAAACUUAAACAAGAGAAUGAACAUCUAGAUCGAAGUUUAGUUUCUGUAAAUUAAGCAGAUAAUAAAUAGAUGGGGUAUUUAUUUUUUAUUAUUAUCAAAGAAACCUUGUAUAAUAAUUAGAAAAAAGUUUAAUGCAAUAUUCUUAAUUUAUUUGACCA